AUGGCUGGUUCUCCUCCGGCACGGCACGGCACAGCAGAGGGGUUGACAAAUGGAGGGGACCCAGCAAAGGCCUGCCGAGGAGGUGGGAGGGCUGCAGCACGGGAGACGGUUGUGGACAGGGGAGAGGAGCUCGGCUUGGCUCAGCCAUGCUCCCGGGGCAGCGGCUCUGGCACGGCCUGGGCUGGGGUCCGGCUAACGCGUCCCAGGGGGGGGUUGGUCUUUGGGGGUGCUGAGGCGCUCGGCCAUUUCCAGGCCCCGCUCACGAAGGUAAGGGAUGACAACGAAGCCAACAGACCCAUGCCCAACAAAGGAGACCAUGGACUAGGAAACGAGAAGUUCAAACCUGUGGUACCUUGGCCUCAUGUUGAAGGUGUGGAAGUGGACUUGGAAUCCAUUCGAAGGAAAAAUAAGGCCAAAAAUGAACUAAAUCAUCAUGGUGGUGGUGAUAACAAACAGCAAAACAUCAUCCAGAGGCAGUAUCUCACAUUUAAGCCUCAGACAUUUGUAUACCGAGAUCCUGUUUUACGACCUGGAGUCCUUGGUAACUUUGAACCCAAAGAGCCUGAGCCUCACGGAGUUGUUGGUGGCCCUGGAGAGGAAGCGAAGCCAUAUGUUUUAGGACCAGAUUACAAAGAAUCCAUUCAAGCCAGCAUUAAAGAGUUUGGGUUUAAUAUGGUGGCCAGCGAUAUGAUCUCACUAGAUCGGAGCGUUAAUGACUUGCGUCAGGAAGAAUGCAAAUACUGGCAUUAUGAUGAAAACCUGCUCACCUCCAGCGUUGUCAUUGUCUUCCAUAACGAAGGAUGGUCCACACUCAUGAGGACAGUCCACAGUGUCAUUAAGAGAACACCAAGGAAAUACCUGGCAGAAAUUGUGCUAAUUGACGAUUUUAGCAACAAAGCACACUUAAAAGAGAGGCUGGAUGAGUAUAUUAAGCAGUGGAACGGCCUUGUAAAGGUAUUUCGGAACGAGAGGAGAGAAGGUUUAAUCCAAGCUAGGAGCAUCGGAGCCCAGAAGGCGAAACUUGGACAGGUUUUGGUUUACCUCGAUGCCCAUUGUGAGGUGGGAAUUAAUUGGUAUGCGCCACUUAUAGCUCCUAUAUCUAAGGACAGAACCACAUGCACUGUGCCGCUUAUAGAUGUCAUAGAGGGCCACACUUUUAAGAUUGUGCCGCAAGGGGGUGGUGACGAAGAUGGGUUUGCUAGAGGAGCGUGGGAUUGGAGCAUGCUAUGGAAGAGGGUGCCCCUCACCAAGCGAGAGAAGGAAAGCAGAAAGACAAAAACUGAACCGUAUCGGUCCCCUGCGAUGGCUGGUGGAUUGUUCGCCAUCGAACGCGAUUUCUUCUUUGAACUGGGUCUCUAUGAUCCGGGGCUCCAGAUCUGGGGUGGUGAAAACUUUGAAAUUUCUUACAAGAUCUGGCAGUGUGGGGGGAAGCUGUUGUUUGUUCCCUGUUCUCGCGUUGGACACAUCUACCGGCUCCAGGGUUGGCAAGGGAAUCCGCCCCCGGUGUACGUGGGGUCUUCUCCUACGUUAAAGAACUAUGUCAGAGUUGUGGAAGUGUGGUGGGAUGAAUACAAAGAUUACUUCUACGCCAGUCGGCCGGAGACAAAAGCGCUACCCUACGGAGAUAUAUCUGAGCUGAAGAAGUUCCGUGAGGAUCACAACUGCAAAAGCUUUAAGUGGUUUAUGGAAGAAAUUGCAUAUGAUAUAACUUCGUAUUACCCACUGCCGCCUAAAAACGUGGACUGGGGAGAGAUUAGAGGCUUCGAAACCGGUUACUGCAUCGACAGCAUGGGGCACACCAACGGGGGCUUCGUUGAGCUCGGGCCAUGCCACAGAAUGGGGGGAAAUCAGGUGAGGAGCUCUUUUUUUUGAAUCAAUGAAGCUAAUCAACUCAUGCAGUACGAUCAGUGCUUAACUAAAGGGCCGGAUGGAUCCAAGGUUAUGAUCACACACUGUAAUCAGAACGAAUACAAGGACUGGCAAUACUUCAAGAAUCUGCACAGAUUUACUCACAUUCCAUCGGGGAAGUGCUUGGAUCGCUCCGAAGUCCUCCAUCAAGUUUUCAUUUCAGAGUGUGACUCCAGUAAAGCAACGCAAAAAUGGGAAAUGAACAACAUCCUCAGUGUGUAGAGAAACAAACCCUACCUACUGACACGCGCGUUUGUGCAGGACUGCAAAUGGCCUGAAACUGCUGCAAUUAUUAACUCUGUACAGCUGCGAGCCUCCCGGCGCGCACGAAGGACGUAGACGAACUGUGAUUAUUACAAUAACAUUAUCAUCCGCAGUUAAUGUUUACAAAACUGCUUUACCUUAAACUCCGUAGAUGUUUACAUCUUUUUGUUUUAAGAUGUUGGUAAAUUAAUGUGCUGUUAGCUAUGUUUCACGGGAACAUAGUUAAAAGCGUUGUCGUCUUCUUCGGGAUUACACUCAGGGGUCUGAAGGCAGUUUUUUUACACACACUUGAAAAGGUUGGAGUAACCAGAUUUUCAUAGAACUUGGUGAUUAUCAACCUGUUGUAUAUUUUUAUUUAAUUUUACAUCUUACUAAGCACUGCCACAGGUUAUGAGCCAGGGUGGCCUUCUCUCACAGUCAUGCUGCUUUUUUGGAAGGUGAAUUUCAACAUAUUUAGUGCCUCUUUCAUUUCUCUCUUUCACAAGAAGAGCAUUUGUUGGAAAUGAUACGAUGGAUUUUUCUGAGCUGUCACCAGGGGUAGGGACCGACUGUGCCCCCCCGUGUAAUUGUCGUGUUACUGAAGACAGAUUCCCCUCGCCCGUUCGGCUGCUCUGCUCCGGCUGGGCGCCGUGUACGGUGCAGGGAAGAGCUUAGUGCCGAGGUCAGCGCUAAUCUGGUACCUUUUGACGGGAGUAAGCACCCUCGCGAUUCCAGUU